GUUCGGUAUGGCCACCACAGAUCUUUGCCGCUUUUGUCUCUUCCCGCUUCCCUUUAUACUUGAAACAUAACCAUGAACUUCACUGCGACCAUUAAUCCUUCUCCUGCCCAAGCCAUGGCUGUUAUGCAAGCAUCUGGACUCAAUAACGAGGCUUUGCAAUGCAUGAGGACGGGUGACCACGCCGGUGCCGAACAUUUGCACAAACAGGCGAUCCAAGUCAAAGAGGUAGGUUUGGGUACAGACCAUAUCACCACUGCACUCUCCUACAAUGCUCUUGGUGAAACUUACGUUGCCAUGGGCCGUCUUGAUGAAGCGGAGGAUUACUUGGGCCGAGCUCUGCGUGUUCGGGCUACGCAAGGUCCAGCUAUGGACGCGGCCGUGACACGCGAUAAUUUGGGACGGGUCUGUGAGAUGAGAGGCGACCUAGCCAAAGCCCGGGAGAUACGAACUCUCGACCAGUCGCAUGUCGCGUGCGGUCACUACGAUUGCCCAGCCAUGACCGACUUCCCUAUGGCCAACUUAUCCCACUGCUCAAAGUGCAAGAGCGUAUUUUAUUGUUCACGAAAGUGCCAGGUGAGUUUACCGGUGUCUAUUCGUAUCCCUUUUACUUACUACCCUUUCGCUUCAAGUGUGUUGAUUGGAAGAGGCAUAAGAGUUUCUGUAAGAGCGCAACAGCCUAAUACAUCCUCAUUGCACCUGCUGUGCUUCUGUACCUGUUGUACUUCUAGUACUGUAGUACCACAUUUUCCGUUACAUUUCCUCGCGCAGAGCAAUUGACGGGUUUCUGCUUAUGAUUGCCACCUAUCCAAAUGUUCAAGGUUCGAUUAUAACGUGUAAUGAUUUACACCCGAACCAAUGCAGUAACUCAAUAUUGUACAUUGUAAUAAACCUCAACGGAAACCCAUCCUCC